AUGAUGGAGUCAUUCCAUUUCGGCACCAGACAUGAAACGUGUUGCAAACAUGAAAAUCAAGAGCGCAAAGAACACUCACAAUUGCAAGAAUUACGAAUAGAACCCACAACACAACGCACAAUGGAUGAUGGCAAGAUCACAAGACCGGUGCACAAGUCAGUCUUGUCAGCUGAAAUUCCAUCGUCUUACACUUUGCUUGAGAAACAAGCGACUUUCAAACCUAGCGUUGAAAGCGACACCGUUGAAACACGACCCAUUUUUAACAAUGGACAGAAAAAAGAAAAGGAACAUCCAGUGUAUAGAGGAGAGGAAUACAGGAACGAAGGUAGAGCGAGGAUAGAACCUGUCAGUGCUCACGGGGCUUACGUGAAGCAUGAUAUGCUCGCCGAUGAACCUGGGGCUGGCUCCACCGAAGUUAAUAGAGUUGAUAAUUUGCCUGUCCCGGAAUAUGGUUACGGACAUGCUCCUGCUGAAGUAGCGUAUCCUGAUAUUCCUUACGCUCCUGGAUACGGCUACGGAAAUGGCUAUGACAUUUAUGGAAACAGUCUGAGUGAUUAUCUUUUAGAGCCUGACACAUCAACCAUGGGCCUUAUCUGGAGCCAAGUUCCGGAUUCAAGGACCAUUGUCAGCUUAAUGGGCAGGACUAUCGGAUGGAUUUUCAACAGCAUAUUCGUCGUCUUGCUCGGCUCUCUCCUUACUGUCGGCGUUUGCACCUACACCAACCUUUGCACGAUAACAUUCCAAGGAGUCGGCCCCAUACACGAGGAGAUGCGUUCUUUCAUAACUCCCGAGCGAUUAGAAAAAAUUAGCACCGCCGCCAACUUCGUGAAAACCGCCAUAGACAAAUAUCAGAAGAUACAGAAAGUGACAGACACGGGAGCUAGAAAACGUCGUGCCUCAUAUUAU